ACGAACUCUCUCGGGCUAUAAUCUUAUUCAUGAUCACGGAAAUAAUCUUGUGUUCAUCGUCGAAAGACAGCAUGUGGACGCCGUUCAUGCAAAAUCCUUGAAAUACCUCAUGAGCAUGAAGAUCCUCCAAAUUCUGAAAUGUGAAAGAAAGCCAAAUCCACACGAGCAAACAAGGAAUCACCAAAGUUCUGAUUGCGCUAUGACAAAAUCUUUACGACGACAAGAUCAUGAUCAUCUUGGCUUACUUCUAAAAGCAAGACGAUGCAAAGCUCUUCACCGGUAAUCAGAAUUCGUAUGUUGUUGACCAUGACGAUUACGGAGGAUGCAUGAUACGCUCUUGGAGCAGCAAAACAAGCAAAAUGAAAAUCACGAGUCACAUCAACAUCUCUGCCUCUGAUUCUUGCAUUCGUCCCUAUUGGACGAAUUUUGGGUGGAGUGAUGUUUUACCAACAUCAUCACACCAAAAACAACCUGUUGUAGUAUCGUUCCAUCUCCCUCUCUUCACUUCAGAAAAAGAUAGAUUAGAAGUUACUCUCUGUAGCUUUCUUUAUCUGUUUUAGCAAAAAUUUCUAUCGAACAAGUUCCUUGUUUUGAUUCCCCAAAAAUUUCUUUUAAGUAAUCUACAACUCAACGACUACUAUCUAAAAGUAAUAUCUAAGUAAUCUACUUAUUUACCCCCAACAACAGAAAGCAAAUCCAAAAAAAUGUCGGGCAAACUCGCAGUCUUCAACCUCCCAGAGGAUGUCAGGGAGAACGAGGUCGAGGAGCUGUUUUCCAAGUAUGGUCGCUUGAGCCGAUGCUGUGUGCGUCAAACUAAGGGUGGAGACACUAUGGCGUUCAUCGAAUACGAUGAUCCCAGAGAUGCCGAGGAUGCUAAGGAGAGCAGGUACUACCUCUACAAACGGUUCAACAUAGCCUGAGCCUUCUACGGAGUCAACACAUUUUGUGUACUUAAGAACGACAAGCACACCGCAUGUACAAUGAAAACGUAAACUACAACUUAUGAUAGUUGUAGCCCCCGCUCGACAAACCCAUGGAACAAAUGGAUUUGGAUGCUAGACUAGAGAAAUGAAACGGACUUCAGGACUCUCUAGACUAGGUUCAGGACUUGAAAAUGUUGAUCAUCAUGAUUCUGAUGGGGCACGUCUGUGUGCUCUCAAUGCUGCUGCUGGCUGGACGCGGAAACUAUGGGGUUGCCAUAGGUCCCAUACUCGUAAGACAAGCUUGUAACAUCUAGCAUUUGAAUUUGAAGAUAAGUGGAAGAACAGCCUGUGAUCUGUAAGUAGUCUACAAAAAUUUUAUACCCUUCGGAAGUGAACUGUAGCUACACUCACAUUGGUCAUAUCUUCUGUAAAUCCUCUUACAAAAGGUCCUCGCUUGCUCCUUGCGGUUGCUUGCGAGCGAUUUUUUAGGGAAGGAGGGAAGGGAGGGAUGCUUGGAAUUUAAAGUCGUAGCUAAUAGGAAUGGCCUUAAUGGAUCUGGAUAUGCAUUUGGAUGUCCCGGUCGUUGUAUGCGAGCCUCGGACCUGUUUCCUUCAGAAGUGUUUAAUAGGCGUGGUUGCGCGCGAGCGAUAAGGAUAGCCAGAGCGAUAGCGAUCAUUUCUGAGUGAGGAUGGUCCUCUGCAGUGCACAGGGAAGGUGGGAAGUGGAUUCGUUUUGCUUCCUGCUCCUCAGCAUGCUGGUCUGCAAGUGCUGCAUUCUGCUGCUGGAUCAACCUCCUCGUCCUGCUCUUAGCCUAGAACUAAAGAUUGCCUCAGGGAUGGUGUGCCAUAGCCUCAGGAUCAAAGGAAAAACUAGUGAGGAUGGAAUGCUGAGGCUUACAGAAUAAUGGAAUGACGGAUGGAUCCUUUGUUGUAAGAAUGGAAGGGGGAUCGUGCAAAUCAAAUGCUUCUAUGUACAACACGUGAAGAAGAAGAUCAGCUUGCGAUGGUUGUUGCUUAGGAGGUGGCAGCCAGCGCAUCAAAGGCAAGAAGUAAAUUACACAUGAUGCAGGCACUUCAUUGACUUUAUUCUAGUGCAGCAAACUUCUUUACCACACGACUAAACAACUACUUCAUUACACCAAACUACACGUCAGUUUUUUCCUCCUCCAGCAUUCUCCAGGUACUCUUUUAUCACCCGCCCUCAUCCAUCUCCAUCACCCAACUAAAACACCUACAUAGACACGGAUACGAAUGGGAAGACCGCAAAUUGCGCGUUGAGUUUUCGCAGCCGAAGGGCAAGGGCAAGGACCGUGGUGACUCUCGCCGCCGUGGACGCCGCGACUCCCGUCCGUCCCGUCGCGACUCUCGUCGUCGUGACAGCCGUGGGCGUGGAAUGAAGGGCAAGGGCAAGGGCGACUUCAAAGGCAGCAAGGGAAAAGGAAAGGGACUGCGUGACUCGUACUCUUUGAAUUUUGACUUCAAACUGCUUGACUCCGUAGAGACGAAGACGAAGUACUAGAUAUGAUUUGGAUUUUUUACUUCUCUAAAUAUACACAUGUAGAUGGACCUCGGUCAUUUGAGCUUUUUACCCCUGCUUGUCGUAGGAGUAGAAUUCAUUACACUAUUAGCAACGCCAAAGGAAAAAUUGGUCUGGUAGAUUAUCUUGUAUAACUUGUAUGUGCAACAUCAUGUGACCAGAACCUUUUUCAUUCCAUGAUUGCAUCUCGAUCCAUCCACUUUUGCAUCUCUGCCCACAGGUACCACAAGGUCGAGGUCGUCGGUAUGCCUCCAUCCGCUUCUUGGCAAGAUGUGAAGGACUUCCUCCGCAGAGCUGGCAACGUCCGCUUCACUGACGUCGAUCCGGAUCGUCGUGAUGUUGGCAUCGGUGGCUUUGAACGUGAAGAAGAAGCUCGUGCUGCUGCUAAGGAAUUGGAUCAGCAGACGUUUACUGCGAGAGAUGGUACUACUGACUCUGACUUCUAGUGCUACUUGUUCUGGAUAAGUAAGUAAGUUAGUACAUCUAGAUUAGAUAGGUUCGAUAGAUAUAGAUCUAGAAAGAGUAGAAGAUAUUCACAGUUGAUAGGAAGGUUAGCUUCGAUAUUUUUGUUGAAAUCAUCAGAAUCAAAUUUCGUGCUUUAUCGUAUGAUGUUGUAUUUACAACCCGGAGCAAAAUGAGCACCAGAGAACGUCAUUUACACGGAUACGGAGUAGAUCGCACUCUUCUACUACAAGAACAAUAGAGGAACCGGAGUAUGAUCAACUCACACCAUCAGAAUCAACUUUUUCAACAAAAUCAUUUCGUUCCCAACACCUCCUACAGGCGAAAAGGCCCGAGUUGAUGUCGUCUAUGUCGACCCGAAUUCCGGCAGUGGUGGUGGUGACGACCGCAAGCGAUCCCGCUCUCGCGGCCGCGACUCCCGCAGCCGUGGACGUUAAUUUUUACCCUACUUCGCUGUAGUGGAAAUUUUUUCAACCACAAGAUGCUGUGAAGAGUCAUCAAGGAAGAAGUAAUGAUACUAGUUGUGACUUCUACGUCUACCUGCACCAGCAGAGAUGAACAAGUAGAAGUUACUUACUACUACAACAACUGAAGAGUACAAGGAAACGCUGUUUUGAAGAUGUUUUAUCGACAGCGGACCGUGUCUGUGUGUCGCAGGAGACAGAAGAUCAGGAGAAGCCGCUGUUUUUACCGUAACAAGAAGCAGGGGUGGGGAAAGAACGCUGCGACAACUAGAAACAUAUCUUCUAUGAAUCAUGAUAUACCAGCAUGUCAAUCAUGUCUUAUAUCAUCAAUGUUACCAAAAAUUUCACUUACAUCUUCAUGACUACUUGCGCCAGAAAAUAUAGAUAUUGGGUACUAGAUUUAUGCAUGAUUGAUUCACUACACACAGACAUUGAUUUGGAUUUGCGACGACUCAACUGACUUUAUUGGAUGACCUGCGAUUACGAUUUUCCGAAUACUUAGUAGACCUUACUAGGUACUACUGCUAUGGAAGAAGAAUCAUAAUAUUGAACUUGAAUUUGAAAGUAAGGACAAAAAUUUAUCUUGUAAGUUCUCGAGCAAGGAUGUUGAAAAUGCUGUGGGCGCGCUCCAGCAGCUGCUCGUUGUCGUCGAGAAAACGCGGC